UUCCGCUACAUAUAGCUCUCUCUCUUCCGGUAAGCACAAAAGGGACUUUAUUGUCAGUAAAUUCGGCUAGGUGUCCUUAUUUUACUUAAUUUUACGCAAUGGCUAUUGGUGAUCUUAAAACUGAUAAGGGUGUCAGAGAUUUAAAUUCCUACUUAGCAGAUCAUAGUUAUAUUGAAGGGUGGCAACCCACUCAAGCAGAUGUAGUAGUUCUUGAAGCUUUAGGAAAGACUCCAACAUCUUCAAACCCUCAUGUUUUAAGAUGGUAUAAUCACAUCAAAUCAUACGAUUUAAAGACACUUCCAGGAGAAAAGAAAACACCUACUAUCUUAAAUAGCAAUAAUUCUACUAACACAACAACAGCUAAGAAUGAAGAGGAUGAUGUGGAUUUCUUUGAAUCAGAUGAAGAAGAAGAUGCUGAAGCUUUGAGACUUAAAGAAGAAAGACUAAAGGCAUAUGCAGAAAAAAAGGCUAGAAAACCAGCAGUCAUUGCUAAAUCUAGUGUUGUGUUAGAUGUUAAACCAUGGGAUAAUGAAACUGACAUGAAAGCCAUAGAAGAAGCUGUAAGGUCUAUUCAAAUGGAUGGUAUAGUUUGGGGAGCAUCCAAAUUAGUUGCAGUGGGUUAUGGCAUCCAUAAGUUUAGGAUAAUGUGUGUCAUAGAAGAUGAUAAGGUAUCUGUAGAUUGGCUGAUAGAACAAAUAGAAAGUUUUGAAAAACAUGUUCAAUCUGUCGACAUUGAAUUAUUCAAUAAAAUAUAAAUGAUUGUUUCUGUCUAUUACCUUUAAUGUAAACUUAAUAAAUAAUCAUUGUUUGUAUACAUAAUCUGUUAUUGCAUAAGAAUAAUUAUUAAUACAA